GUGAAAUUGUCAAGUGUGUCAAACUGUUGACACCGUGUGUGACGUUUCUUUGUUUUCAUACAUUCGCUUUGUUUAGAAACGAACAACGUUCAUAAAUUUAAUGUGAACCAUUGCUUUGUUAAAACUCUUGUAACUUGCCAAAUCAUGUCGGGCUGUGACUCCCAGAAAGCUGAAACUUCUAAGGACAACAUAUCCACCAAUUCCAUCGACGAAGGCCUUCCUCGAGAACUUAGCCAGUUAAGUUUGUCGAGUGCAUCAAGCCAAGACGAGUUUUACUGUGAUAAAGGACAUUCCGAAACAGCUUUGAAAAAUAUAUACGGAUAUUAUCAGGCCCAGAAGCUAUGUGACGUAGUUUUAAUAGCAGGUGGAACAAGGAUAUCAGCGCACAAGAUAGUAUUAACAUCAUGUAGCGAAUACUUUGCUGCUAUGUUCACGGGAUCAUUGCGGGAAGCACAGCUAGCUGAGAUAACGUUGGAGCGGGUGGACUCCCAGUCACUGCAGGCACUUGUUCAUUACUGCUACACUGGCACUAUAGAAUUAAGAGAAGAGACAGUAGAAGUCCUGCUGUCCACAGCAAGCUUGUUACAGCUCAACACUGUCACAGCUGCCUGCUGCGCUUUCCUGAAGAAACAGCUUGAUCCAUGCAACUGUCUGGGGAUUGGACUGUUUGCGGAACAACAGUCUUGUCUGGCCCUGCAUCGGAGUGCCUUGGAGUACACCUAUCAACAUUUCAUGCAAGUAGUGAAACAUCAAGAGUUUCUUUCACUACAAGCGGACCAGCUAGCCAGUCUGCUCAAAUCUGAUGAUCUGAACGUGGUUACUGAAGAGAAUGUGUUUGAGUGCUUGAUGACGUGGGUUCAACAUGACAGCGCCAAACGGGAGGAACACCUGCCAAUGCUACUGAAGUUGAUCAAACUACCUCUAUUGUCCUCUGAGUAUUUGAUCGACAAAGUGGAGCAAGCGUGCGGCAAUGUGCCGGAAUGCCAGCCGCUCAUCAUGGAGGCCGUCAAGUGGCAUCUCCUGCCCGAGCGGCGGUCUCUCCUGUUCUCACACAGAACCAGGCCGAGGACUUCCACCAUCGGACGACUGCUAGCUAUAGGCGGCAUGGAUGGCUAUAAGGGAGCCAGCAACAUGGAGAUGUACGAUCCCCGAACAAAUUCGUGGACGCCUUUCAUGCGGAUGGGAGCUAGAAGGUUACAGUUCGGCGUCGCUGUGUUGCAGAACAAGCUCGUAGUCGUGGGUGGCAGGGACGGGUUGAAGACAUUAAACACGGUGGAGUGUUUCGACCUAACAUCGCUCACGUGGAGCACCAUAGCGCCGAUGAACACGCACCGGCACGGGCUCGGGGUGGCGGUGCUGGGCGACGGACCCAACUCGCCCGUCUACGCCGUCGGCGGCCAUGACGGCUGGAUCUAUCUCAACUCCGUCGAGCGAUGGGACGCGUGCUCGCGCACGUGGACGAUGGUGUCGCCGAUGUCGGGCGCGCGUAGCACGUGCGGCGUAGCGGCGCUACGCGGGCGCCUCUACGCCGCGGGCGGGCGCGACGGCGGCGCCUGCCUGCGCUCCGUGGAGUGCUACGACCCGGCCACCAACCACUGGACCAACUGCGCGCCCAUGACGCGCCGGCGAGGAGGAGUUAGCGUGUGCGCAGCGGGCGGAUAUCUGUACGCACUCGGCGGUCACGAGGCUCCUGCUAACGCAGCGGGCGGCCGACUAGCGUGCGUGGAGCGCUACGAUCCCACCACAGACACAUGGAUACUCCUAGCGCGCCUGAGCUACGGCCGCGACGCCAUCGGCUCCUGCCUGCUCGGGGACCGCAUCGUUGCCGUGGGUGGCUACGACGGCGUGCAGUACCUCUGCGUGGUGGAGGUGUACGACCCGGAGGCGGACUGCUGGCGCAAGCUGGCGCCGCUCAGCACCGGCCGCGCCGGCGCCGCCGUGGUGGCCGUGCCGCCGCCAAGCCUCUUCUGAUCUGCUCUGUUCUAAACUAUCAGCAUGCGGGCCCUGACCUGAACCGAGCUGCAGAUCAUGCUACGAGGUUGGCCCGUCGAACUAUUUAGCAGAUGGCGCCAGCAUAGCUUGCCCUGUAGAUCCCUAGAAUUGUGUCAAUUUUUUUUUAAAUGAAAUUUUAUGGCCUGGAUGCCAUAGAAAAAGGGGCAAGCUAUGAUGGCGCCAUUCAUGCAAACCGGUGACAGAUUCCAACCCCAUUGACGAAAUGUUAUGGCUCCUCUACACUAUCGGCGAUGAUAGACGAUGACUGGCGGGCAUGAUAGUGUAGAGGGCAUACCCGGUAGUCCCCGCCAGUCAUCGUCUGCGACUCGUGAGUUGUCGUUUUUUUGGGCACGCAUCAAAGGGACUCGCGGGAUGGUUACGUUGUACCGACGAUCAUGUGGAUGCUUGCACGAUGAUCUUGCCGAUGAUAAACGAUGAUAUACCAAUAUGUCGCCGAUAGCAUUAGAGUGAGAGCAUUUACUACAAACAUUAUUACGUGAUACGUUCUACGAAAACAAUGCUACGGCGUAGCACUUUUUCAUUCCCGUUCACUGAAAGAGGCUCUUCGGAUUCCUUCUUUCUCAUCCAUCAUCUCAUUGCCGCACGGAUGAAGAAGAUAACCGGAGUAGUGUUUUACGACAAAAAAAAGUGUAGCCAAAGUGCAGAAUUAUGCUUGUGUAACUUAUUCUGCAUCAACUUGGUCACUAAUGUCACGGCCCUCCUUAUUCAUAAACGCAUUCACUGCCACUGUUUUCGUAGCGCUACGCUUUGUAGAGGAAAGCGACUAAAAACAGAGAACCCGCCGAGCGGGUUCCCGGCACUCAAUGUGUUUAACAUACGUGAGCUAACUCGGGGCACGAAUACUAAAGUGAUGUUUAUUAUUGAAGUGUUAGCGAAGGUCUUCAUUUUAGCUUGGCCAAAAAUGCUUUCGUAUAUCCAGAUGUUCUCUACAGGUCGCAAUUCUCAAAUCUCAACCGAUUCUGGUGAAAUUUUGUGAGCUGGUUCGACGAUUAGAUAUUUAAAUAAAAAAAUUGUCCAAUAGUUAUUAGAAUUUUUGCAAAAUAACUAAGGCAUAAUUUUUUUGAGUUUUUAAGCUCGCGAGGUCUACAGCUCACAGAACCACUAGUGUAAGUAUUUUAAUGGAUUUGCUUAUUGAAAAUCCUCUGUUACUGUAAAGAGGUUAAAUAACAUGUUUAAUAUCGAAGGUCUUAAGGUAAUAAACUAUAAUAAACAUCACUUUAGUGUUCGUGUCUGAGUUAGUUCACGUGUGAUCAUUAAACAUGCCUCUGUUAGUUAAAGUUAUUUAUGUCUAUUUCUGAUAUAAACUGCUUGUUACUAAGAUACGUUUUGAAUAACGGCAUAUGUCUGAAUUUCGAAUAUGAUCUAGUCAUUCUAUUUCAUAUAGCAUAAUGCCUAAUAAAUUAGGCGACACUUAGCUGGAAUUUAAAAACUGUUAAAAAAACUAUUAUAUGCACUAUAAUGCAGCUAUAUCGAAUUUAUUGAGGUUUAUUUUAGUUUUAUUUACCUAGAAUUUAAGUUGUAUUUUUUAUCCGCGUAUGACGACUAUAUUUUUUACUAUAAAAGUAUAAUAUUUUUUUAUUUUCUCAAAUUGCACAGGGAUAUUUGCAUUUCUAUCCGUUCUAAGCUCAUUAAGGAAUACACAAUUCCAGAAAUAUCUAAACGUUCCUCCCUUAUUGGAUUUGAUCUCAGUAUCAAUGUAUGUUAUUAAUUUUAUCAUUUAAGAAAACUGCUUAGCGUUCGAAGUAGAAUGACUUUAGUUUAAAAAGAGACUUACUUCUCCUAAUUUUAGAUUUUUUUUGUAUCUUAUUUUUAUCCUAUAAUUAAGCUUGAGAAGGGAUAAAUUUAAAACCGUCAUAUAAUAUUAACAAAUAAACCAGAACGAAUAAGUUCAAUUUUCCUGACAGUUUUUGUAAAUUAUCUUUUAUCGAAGGCACAUAGUGGAAGGCAUACUUUAUUAAGAUUGUAGUACCUAACGUUUAUUUUUAUGGUUCAACCGUACCUUUUUUAUUGGAAAAAAUGUUUUAAAAAAAAUGUCAAGUUACUCUAUCAAAAUUCUGGAUGCCAUUUUAUGCAUUUAAAAAUUGUAUUACAAUGUGAUGAUGUUUUCUAAUAAGUAUUUUGUUUUGUAUGCCAUAGUUUGUUCAUCUUAAGUAUCACUAAAAAUACUAGAACAGUGAAUAAAGUACAAACUAUUUAGAGAAACGAUUAGUUAGACUUCAACCUUUCUGCCUAAGUGUGGCAUUCCACCUGUCUAAUGUGUAUUUGCAUCUCACAUUUUGCUUAGUGAGAGAGUGAAACGCAAUGCACAUUGGACCAAGGAAUACCAACCUAAAGCAAGUUCUCAUACUACCUAUAUUACCUUACAUACUAUCAUAGUGCUAUUUUUUGUAUCUUAAAGGCAUAAUAUUAAGACAGCAUGAGUUAGGAAUGAAAUAACACCCCUCUCUUUUUGCGUCGGGGGUUAAAAAGGUUUUGUGGGUAAGCAUUAGUUAAUGGUCCCCUAAAAUAUUUAUAAAUUGAGGCUUGAAAUUAUGAAUACAAAUGAUUUUUAUUUUAUUUAUUUAUUUAUAAUGAAAGCUAUACAUUGCUUUCUUAUUCCAUCGGAUAGCUGUACCUAGCCUUAUGGCUUAAGAUAAGUUGAGUGCAAUGUCGUUGCUUCUGUAUACCGCAUAACAGAUAGUGGUAUGUAUUCCGAUCAUUUACCAAAUUGCAACGACAAGUUGGUGGAAAAAUUGUUACAUUUGUAGUCCCUUUAUCAUCAUUGAUCGCUCAAUAUAUUAUUUGCUUUAUAAAAUCAGUAUUAUUAUACUUUUAGAUUUGGUUAAAAGC